GGUAAAGGGGACGGCGUGGUUGUAUUUUUACAAAGCAUGUGCUCUGCUGCAUGCCUGGCAGUGUGAAAGUGGAACUGCUGUGCCUUUCUCACCAACAAGGCUACCAGUUUGUUAGAUAACUGCAAAAGGUGACCAGCCAUCCGUCCGUCCACAUGGAUCCAAAACCCGGAAGCUCCUCAAAUGGACUCAAAGCGGAAAUCAACCUGGAAAAGCUGCAGAAGAUCGCUGCAGAGCUGAUGCUGCCUGGGAGAUUUGCCCUCAGACUCCUGAAUGCUGCUCUGGAGGUUCUUACAAACCUGCUGGCCAGGAUUUUAGGAAGCAGCCUGGUUCGAAGACAUUUCCACCUGAUGCUGUCUGCGCUGGUUCUGUUUGGACCUGUACUGAGUUUCUGGGUGUCCAAGUACAGCAUCUUUGCAAACAGCAACCACUACCUGUACAGGAAGUUCCUCCGAUCUACUUGGGGUUGGACCUGUGUCCUUGCAGGCUCCUUCAUCCUCCUCCUUUCCUUCUCAGCCCGCCGCUGCCUGCCUCUCUCCCUCCGCCACCUCUCUCGGUUGGGGCUGGCAGCGCUGCUGUGGUGGGGCUGUCGCCGCCUUCUCACCCUGCUGGAGGAUGCGGCAGGAACCUGUUAUGAACCCGUGGCCCCAGCCCAGGAUGAUCAGAGCUCCGCCCCUUCUACACAACCCCUCCUACUCCUGCAUGAAGACCAAACCAAGGCCUCCUGCCUCAAAGCCAACAUGCUGUGGCGAGGUUACGAAGUCUCCCAGGACAUCCUCAUUAUUUGCUUUUGUUGCCUGCUGCUUGUGGAGGAAAUGUCUGUUUUUGGACAUCACUUGACCCAAGAAAGGCGUCUGCAGAGGUCGCCCAGUACCCCGUUAAACAUCCUCUUCUUCCUGUGUGUGAUUCUACUCAUGAUAUGGGUGUUUUUGCUUCUGUGUUUGCUUGCAUACUUCCCUACGUGGCCAUCCCAGCAACUGGGAGGAGCACUGGGCUACCUGGGUUGGAGGGGACUCUAUCAGGGAUGGUAUCGGCUACCAAUGAGCUGGGGUUCUCCUGGUUUGCCAGGAGAGGAACUUUUCACCAAAGCAGACUCUGACAAACAGCCUCAGUAG